AUGCUCUUCGUCCUUUGUUACAUCAGUGACUCAUUUUCCUGGUGGGAGAGCUUUCAACUUAAUGACCGGUACCAGAAGUUUUUCAAUUGGACCACUGAGGUUUAUUCUUCUCCUGUUUAUCAAGUCCAUCCAAAACUUUCAGUCAUACUUAAUGAAACCCAUGCAACCACUAACCCACCCCCUACAACACCUCCAGGUCCUCAGUACCAUGUGGCUUUCCCACAAAACUACCACUUUAGUUUGGAUCAAGCUGACACAUGUAAGAACAAAACCCCUUUCCUGGUCCUGAUGGUUCCAGUGGCGCCAGAUAAUGUCGAAGCGCGUAAUGCGAUCAGGCAGACCUGGGGAAAAGCUGAAGUGGUUCAGGGUGAGGUGGUUCUUACUCUGUUCAUGCUGGGCCUCUCUGGACAAGCUGAUGUUGAGAAACAGCAGGAGAAGAUCCAACAUGAAAACCUGCAACACCAAGACCUGAUCCUGAGUGACUUCCUUGACUCAUAUUUCAAUCUGACCAUCAAAACCAUGGUGAUCAUGGACUGGCUGGCCACUCACUGCAAUAAUGCAGCUUAUGCCAUGAAGAUCGACUCAGACAUGUUCCUGAAUGUUGAUAAUUUAGUCAUCACGCUGAAAAAACCAGAACUCCCCAAGGUAAACUACCUGACAGGGAUGUUGAUGUGGAACAGCGAAGUCAUCCGCCUAAAUUCCUCAAAGUGGUACGUCUCUGAGGAGGUUUACCCAUAUCCUACAUACCCACCGUAUCCUUUAGGGGCGGGAUACGUCUUCUCCAAUGAUCUUCCAGGGAAAUUGGUGGAGAUCUCCAAAACAAUCACACCUUUUAACAUAGAGGAUGUUUAUAUCGGCAUGUGCUUGAAAAGGCUGGGGCUGAGUCCUUCAUCACCUCCAGAUCCAUCCCAGUUUAAUGACUAUCACAGAGGAUACAACCGUUGCAUGUUCUCCAAGGUCAUCACCUACAUUCUGAACUCUACAGAAGAGUUGGUGAACUUCUGGACAGAUUUGAAGAAACCUGGCUCACCUUGUUAA